AUCUCAGGUGAAGUUCUGACUGCAGGUAAACUGGUUCUACUUGUUCUCCUUUUUUGCCUCCAUCUCAGUCUGUUUUCUUCAGACCGUCGUCUGUUCUCUGCUUUGCCUAAAGACACCGUCUUUAGAUACAACUUUCAGUUUCUCCUUUAAUGACAAACGACAAGCAGAGCAGCUGCUUCCUGUGGAGCCUUUCAUACUGCAGGUGUGUGAGCUGAUGUGAAGUGAGCAGCAUGGAUCAGUGUGAGGACAGAGAGGACAGAGUCCCUCCCUCUAAAACCACUCUGUGUGGAGAACAUGAGGACCAGAGCAAAGCUCAGAGGAAACCAGCAGAACCAGAACCUGGACCAGAACUAGAACCUGGACCAGAACCAGAACCUGGACCAGAACCCAGCUGUGUGUCUUUACAGAGUAACAUGUCAAAGGAUGCUUUCUUUGAAUUUAAAUCAGACCAACCUUCAUCAGCAAACAGGAUCCAACAGAACCUCAAACCAGAACCAGAACCCAGCUGUGUUUCCUUAAAGAGUGACAGGUCAAAGGAUGAUUAUAUUGAUUUUAAAUCAGACCAACCUUCAGCUGCAAAGAGAGUGAACCAGCAGAACUCAGAGGUUCCCAGUGCUCCAUCUGCCCAGCAGCAUCAAACCCAGCUGGACUCCAUAUUUAUGCUGCUGGAGGAAAACAUUGUUAAUUUUGUGAAGAACGAGCUGAAGAAGAUCCAGAAGCUUUUGAGUCCAGAUUAUCCAGAAGCUCAAAGGGAAGAUGAGGAGCAGUUGGAAGGUGAGGAUGAAGAGCAGAGGAGAAGUAGAGAGGCUUUAGUGAAGAUCACCCUGAGCUUCCUGAGGAGGAUGAAGCAGGAGGAGCUGGCUGAUCGUCUGCAGAGCAAGCUUUUUGCCUCUGUUUGUCAACUUAAAUCCAGUCUGAAGAAGAGGUUCCAGUCUGUGUAUGAGGGGAUCGCUGAAGCAGGAAGUCCAGCGCUUCUGAACCAGAUUUACACAGAGCUCUACAUCACAGAGGGGGGGACUGGGGGGGUCAAUGAUGAACAUGAGGUCAGACAGAUUGAAACAGCAUCCAGGAAACCAACCAGACCAGAAACAACAAUCAGACAAGAAGACAUCUUUAAAGUCCCACCUGGAAGAGAUCAGCCAAUCAGAACAGUGAUGACUAAGGGAGUGGCUGGCAUUGGGAAAACAGUCUUAACACAGAAGUUCACUCUGGACUGGGCUGAAGGCAAAGCCCACCAGAACAUCCAGUUCAUAUUUCCAUUCACCUUCAGAGAGCUGAAUGUGCUGAAAGAGAAAAAGUUCAGCUUGGUGGAACUUGUUCAUCACUUCUUCACUGAAACCAAAGGAAUCUGCAGCUUUGAUAACUUCCAGGUUCUGUUCAUCUUUGAUGGUCUGGAUGAGAGUCGACUUCCUCUGGACUUCCAGAACAAGGAGAUCCUGACUGAUGUUACAGAGUCCACCUCAGUGGAUGUUCUGCUGACAAACCUCAUCAGAGGGAAACUCCUUCCCUCUGCUCUCCUCUGGAUAACCACACGGCCUGCAGCAGCCAAUCAGAUACCUCCUGAGUGUGUUGGCAUGGUGACAGAGGUCAGAGGGUUCAAUGACCCACAGAAGGAGGAGUACUUCAGGAAGAGAUUCAGAGAUGAGGAGCAGGCCAGCAGGAUCAUCUCCCACAUCAAUAGAUCUAGAAGCAUCCAGAUAAUGUGCCAUGUUCCAGUCUUCUGCUGGAUCACUGCUACGGUUCUGGAGGAUUUGUUGGAGACUAGAGAGGGAGAAGAGCUGCCCAACACCCUGACUGAGAUGUACAUCCACUUCCUGGAGGUUCAGACCAAAGUUAAGAAGGUCAAGUAUGAUGGAGGAGCUGAGACAUAUCCACACUGGAGUCCAGAGAGCAGGAAGAUGAUUGAGUCUCUGGGAAAACUGGCUUUCAAUCAGCUGCAGAAAGGAAACCUGAUCUUCUAUGAAUCAGACCUGACAGAGUGUGGCAUCGAUAUCGGAGCAGCCUCAGUUUACUCUGGAGUGUUCACACAGAUCUUUAGAGAGGAGAGAGGGCUGUACCAGAACCAGGACAAGGUGUUCUGCUUCGUCCAUCUGAGUGUUCAGGAGUUUCUGGCUGCUCUUCAUGUCAAACUGACCUUCAUCACACGUGGAAUAAACCUGAUGGAAGAAAAACAAGAAAAGAAAACUUUUUUAUCUAAAUUUCUCAAGACAGUAAAACUAAGAGGUCUCAAUCAGAGUGCUGUGGACAAGGCCUUACAGAGUCCAAAUGGACACCUGGACUUGUUCCUCCGCUUCCUCCUGGGUCUUUCACUGCAGACCAAUCAGAUACUCCUACAAGGUCUGAUGACAGUGACAGGAAAUAGCUCACUGACCAAUCAGGAAACAGUUCAAUACAUCAAAAAGAAGAUCAAUAAGAAUCUGUCUGCAGAGAAGAGCAUCAACCUGUUCCACUGUCUGAAUGAACUGAAUGAUCGUUCUCUGGUCCAGGAGAUCCAACAGUCUCUGAGAUCAGGAAGUCUCUCCAUGAAUAAACUGUCUCCUGCUCAGUGGUCAGCUCUGGCCUUUAUCUUAGUGACAUCAGGAGACGAUCUGGAUGUGUUUGACCUGAAGAAAUACUGUGCUUCAGAGGAGGCUCUUCUCAGGCUGCUGCCAGUGGUCAAAGCUUCAAACAAAGCUCUACUGAAUGACUGUAAACUCUCAGUGAGAAGCUUUGGAGUUCUGGCCUCAGUUCUCAGCUCCCACUCCUCUAAUCUGAGAGAGAUGAAUCUGAGUUUCAACAACCUGCAGGAUUCUGGAGUGGAGCUGCUGUCUUCUGGACUGAAGAGUCCAAACUGCAAACUGGAAAUUCUCAGACUGAAUAACUGUAACCUCUCAGUGAGAAGCUGUGGAGUUCUGGCCUCAAUUCUCAGCUCCCACUCCUCUAAUCUGAGAGAGAUGAAUCUGAGUUUCAACAACCUGCAGGAUUCUGGAGUGGAGCUGCUGUCUUCUGGACUGAAGAGUCCAAACUGCAAACUGGAAAUUCUCAGAUUGUGGUGCUGCAGAUUGUCAGAGAUCAGCUGUGCUUCUCUGGUCUCAGCUCUGAAGUCCAACCCCUCCCAUCUGACAGAACUGGACCUGAACAUCAACGACCUGAAAGAUAGUGGAGUGAAGCAGCUCUGUGGUUUUCUCCAGUCUCCCCUCUGCAAACUGCAAACAUUGAGGUUGUAUUCCUGUGGUUUGUCAGAGAUCAGCUGUGCUUCUCUGGUCUCCGCUCUGAAGUCAAACCCCUACCAUCUGAUACAACUGGACCUGAGGUUCAACAUCCUAAAGAAGUCAGAUGUUCAGCAGCUGCAGGAUCUUGUAGAGAGUCCAGACUACAAACUGCAGACUCUGUGGUGGAGGUGAUGAUCUUAGUGGAGGAGAGAAGCUGAUCUGUGACCUGAUGAUCCUCAGAGGUUGAAGCUGCAGCAGUUUGAGUUUAAAGAGACUGAUUGGAUCCUGAUGAUGAACUCUGAGUUUAGAGAUUUGUUUGUUUUCACUCCUUUUUUCUCUUUGUUUUCAUCGUCUCCAUAAUAUCAUGUUGAUAUUUUUCCAUCAAAAUUAAAAUUGAGAAUAAAAUUAUCUA